CGUGACCAAAGCAGAAGGGCCCGCGAGCCCACCAGCAAUACCAGGACACCGCGUGCGCAAAGCAGAAGGGCCCGCGAGCCCACCAGCAAUAACAGGACACCGCGUGACCAAAGCAGAAAGACCGGCGAGCCCACCAGCAGCACCGGGACACCAGCAAGGGUCACUUUGCCUGUCCCUCCACCAGCUCAGACAACUCUUGAAGGCAGCCGGCAGAUCCUCCCUUCUCAGCUUUGCCUUGGAGCCCUCCAGGACCCAGAAAGCAGAAGAGCAGCAUACCAGCAAAGCUGCAGGACAGGUCAUGGAAAACGCAAAGAUGAACAAGAAGAGAGCUGGUCAGAAGAGGCAAAGAAGCAGAUCUCCAACCCCGCCCCGAGGGAACAUUGUGGGCUGCAGAAUUUCUCAUGAAUGGAAGGAAGGAGAUGAGCCCAUCACUCAGUGGAAAGGAACUGUGCUGGAUCAGGUGCCUAUCAACCCCUCUCUCUACCUGGUGAAAUACGAUGGCAUUGACUGUGUCUAUGGGCUGGAACUUCACAGAGAUGAGAGGGUACUGUCCCUAAAAGUUCUUUCCAACAGGGUGGCAUCAUCCCAAGUCAUUGACCCCAGCCUUGCUGAUGCCAUCAUUGGCAAAGCAGUGGAACAUGUAUUUGAGGGCGAGCAUGGCUCUAAGGAUCAAUGGAGAGGGAUGGUCCUGGGCCAAGCUCCUAUCUUGGAUGCCAGCUUUUAUAUUACUUAUGAGAAAGAUCCUGUGCUUUACAUGUACCAGCUUCUGGAUGAUUAUAAAGAGGGUGACCUCCGUAUCAUGGCAGGGUCCAGUGAGCCCCCUCCUUUAGACAUUGACCUGGAGCUGGUGGAUGGACUGAUAGGUAAACACGUGGAAUACACCAAAGAUGAUGGCUCCAAGAGAGUUGGCAUGGUCAUACACCAGGUUGAAGCCAAGCCCACUGUGUACUUCAUCAAGUUUGAAGAUGAUUUCCACAUCUAUGUCUAUGACCUGGUGAAACAGUUCUAACCAUUUGUCACAGUGUUGCCAGAGCUGUAGAAAUAAAGUUGUAAAUUUUUUUGAAAAUA